AAUUCACGAUGAUGUAACAGUAAACAACAUAAAUUUGGAUGAAAUGUAACCUUUGACGCCGCGAUGUUUGCGUGUGAAUGAUGUCUGAAGCCGCCGUAGAGGAGGUUUCUGUGUUAGAGUCCAUUUACUGCGCAGAGGGAGAGUUUGAGCUCAUCCGGAAGUCUGCUCAGGAUGGACUCACGGUCCAGAUCAACAGCUCAGCUGGAGGACAACGAAGUCUGGACGUGAGUCUGCUGUUCCACCUGCACCCGGUUACCCCCUCCUGUCCCCCCGCCAUCUCCGUCUCCUCCGCCCGUCUCUCCAGGACUCAGUGUCUCAGCAUCAGACAGAAGCUGCUGGAUCGAGCUGCAGCGUUACCACCCGAGCAGCCGAUGGUUCACCAGCUGGUGGAGUGGCUGCAGGAGUCUGUGGAGGUGACGGAGAGCUGCAGAGGCGGAGAGGAGGAUGUGAAAGAGGGAGAAAAAGAGGAGGAGUGGACGGCCGUGUUGUCGUUGGACCACAUCAGAUCUCGAAAUCGUUACAUCAGUUUGCUGGAGCGCUGGACCCAGCAGCUGCAGCUCACUGGGAGGUUGUUACUGGGACGGAGUAUACUGGUUAUUCUGCAGGGAGCCAGACCCGACAUCAAGGAGUUUUGCCGCCUUUUGAAGACAGUGAAGGUGGACGUGGACUCUUCAGGGAGGAAAUGCAAAGAGAGGAUGAUGAAGGUUCUCAUUGAACGCCCUUCGUCUCCCUCCAGUGGACAACGUCUGCAGGGAUUUGAGGUGAAGAACUGCGAGUCGUCACCAGAGUUGACCGCAGUCUUCCAGGAAAUGAACAUGACGGAGCUGUUGGAGCAGAUACUGCCAUCAUUGAGUGACUGACAGCACACGGGUGACUGAAACCAAACUGAUCCCCAACAAGAUCUGGACUGAACGAACACAGUCCAGCUGCACAGAGGAGGCCGACCGCCCGGACCUCCAGAGUAAAACACGACGAUGUAUGAAAAACUGUGCUGCAGCAUCGACUCGACAACAGACACAAAGAGACCGAUGGUAACAGAACAAACGUGGUUUCGUUAUUGCUGAUGUGUAUUGUGACGUUUCACGAGAUUGUUAUUUAUGGACCGAUGGUUUGUUUGCAAUAAAGCUUUGAACACAAA